AUGAUUAAACGCAGGCUGGGAGAUGGGGUCUCUACACGGUUCUGGUAUGACAACUGGUCGCCUUUCGGACAACUUGAUUCCUUUCUAAAGCCGGCUUCUUCGAGAUUAGGAAUCGCAAAGAAUGCAUCACUAGCAUCCCUGUAUCAAGGAGGCAACUGGUUAAUACCUCCUGUAAGGUCAGAAACUCAACUACUGCUACGAAUACACCUCACUACUCUAUCGCUUACUACUGAUGCUGAUUUCUAUGAGUGGGAGAUGGAAGGGAAGGUAUUGGAAUCUUACUCUAUGGGCAGUAUGUAUACUUUUCUGUGUGGAGACAGGGCUUCAGUCUCAUGGGCGAAAGUCGUCUGGUCCUCCUUCGGGAUUCCGAGGCAUGACUUUCUUGCUUGGCUAACUGUACUAAAUAGAUGCCCAACAAGGGAUCGACUACUUAGUUGGGGCUUGACAGUGAGCCCUCUCUGUCUCCUUUGUAACUCCGCAUCAGAAUCUCGGGACUACCUUUACUUUAUUUGCCCCUACUCUCAUUCUCUCUGGUCUUCAAUCGCAAGGCGUUGCAAUCUGGUCGCCCAUCACUCUUGGGAGGAUACUCUGACUCAGAUGCAAGGACUCUCUUCAAGCCGCCCAAUUAUGCGACUCACUUUAAUAGCGGUCAAAGCGACAAUCUACUGGUUAUGGAGUGAGCGCAACAGCAGGCUGCAUAGAGCGACUUUCAAAGGAAAAGAGUCUCUCCUCCUGACCAUUGAUCGGCAAAUCAGAAACAGGAUCUCAUCACUGCGUGUUUCCCACCCGGCGACCUCUUCGGCGAUGAUGCAGCACUGGUUAGCUACGCCGCAGGCCUCAGUCAUCCUCCUCUACUCCAACAAACUGUUUCCUCUCCCUCAAACGCUCUCUCCUUCGUGA